AUGAAACGAUGGAGAAUCCAAACGUUAUUCUGCUUGCUUCUGUGUGUCAGUAUUUUACCAACCUGUUGGUGUGCUCAGGGAAAAUACGCCCAGAAGCUCCUGAAUGAUUUAUUCACAAACUACACUAGUGCGCUGAGGCCUGUGAAUGACACUAACACCAUACUGAAUGUGACCCUGCAGAUCACACUGUCACAAAUUAUCGACAUGGAUGAGCGAAACCAAAUUUUGACUGCGUAUUUAUGGAUACGGCAAGUGUGGGUUGAUUCACACGUUCAAUGGAAUAAAGAUGAUUACGAUGGACUCGAUACCAUCCGCAUACCUGGUAGUUAUGUAUGGAGACCUGAUAUUGUCCUAUAUAACAAUGCGGAUGACCAUUUCAAAGGCUCCAUGGACACCAAUGUAGUGAUCCGGCAUGAUGGCCAGAUCAUGUGGGAUUCCCCUGCUAUCACAAAGAGCUCCUGCAAAGUGGACGUGUCCUACUUCCCCUUCGAUUCUCAGCAGUGCAGGUUCACAUAUGGCUCCUGGACAUACAACGGCAACCAGGUGGACAUCCUGAACGCCAUGGAGAGCGCUGACCUGGCCGACCUGGUGGAUAAUGUGGAAUGGGAGGUGUUGGGUAUGCCGGCCAAGAAGAACAUUAUUCAGUAUGGCUGCUGUGCUGAUCCUUACCCUGAUGUGACCUACACACUGAAACUACAGAGAAGAGCUUCAUUUUAUGUCUUUAACCUCCUUAUACCAUGUGUAAUGAUCUCUUUUCUGGCUCCACUGGGCUUUUACCUGCCUGCUGAUUCUGGAGAGAAGGUGUCUUUGGGUGUCACUGUUAUGCUGGCACUCACUGUCUUUCAGCUGUUGGUGGCAGAGAUCAUGCCACCCUCUGAGAAUGUGCCACUUAUUGGAAAGUACUACAUUGCAACGAUGACCAUGAUCACUGCCUCCACUGCCCUGACCAUCUUCAUCAUGAACAUACACCAUUGUGGCCCGGAUGCCAAGCCUGUUCCCAAGUGGGCCAAGAAGGUCAUUCUGCAGUACUUGGCCAGAAUGUGCUUUGUUUAUGAGGUUGGGGAGAACUGCUUGUCACCACAGCCCGAGAAGCAGGAGCCUCCACAUGUAAAGAACACCAACUGCACCAUGAAUGGUCAGGCAGGACCAGGCAGAGAGGAGUGUGUCUGCAAACUGGACAGAGGACAAGAGACAGUGGGCUCCAUGACCACAGAGGAGAGGGAGGACAUGGAUCAGAUGAUGAGCCCAGGUGGCUCCAUCGGGAAAAACCCAACCAACAACUACUGCACUUGGAAGAAUGGUAUUUUCAUGAGCAUGGACUGUGGAGAUUCUCAGGGUCAGAGGAGAUGCCGGAAGGGGGGUGUGAGUGAUGGAGAGAGAAAAGACAGAGAGGUUUCCUGCGACAGUCAAAGCAACGAGAGGCAACUAAUGCGUAACAUCGAGUACAUAGCCAACUGUUACAGGGAUCAGAGGGCGACACAGAAAAGGACUGGGGAGUGGAAGAAAGUAGCCAAAGUUUUAGAUCGCUUUUUCAUGUGGAUAUUUUUCAUUAUGGUGUUUUUAAUGAGCCUUCUCAUCAUGGGCAAAGCCAUCUAACUGAAGACUGGAGAAGCUAGACUUAAUGAAA